AUGAGCAAGCGCCCGGCAGACGAGCCUCUGGAACAGUCUACUGCUUCUCCUUUCUCCAAACGCGCCAGAGUCGAGGAUGUUGUCGACCAAGAUGCGCCUGCCACUCUCACCACGCGACCAACCAAUGGACAUACCGAUGGCAUAGCUGAAGCUGCUGCGCAAGAUGAUGAAGCCCUGGAGGAGGCCGAGCUAGAUGCAGAUCAAGACGACCAACCCGCUGUCUCAGGCCCGACGCGACAGAAAGCCCCGGCUGAAGGUUAUUCAGACCUAUAUCUCGACACCAUCAACCGCGGCGUGCUGGACUUUGACUUCGAGAAGUUAUGCAGUGUCACGCUAUCGAAUAUCAACGUCUACGCUUGCCUGGUGUGCGGCACAUACUACCAAGGUCGAGGUCCGAAAUCCCAAGCCUACUUCCACGCUCUCGACAUCGGCCACCAUGUCUUCAUCAACAUGCACACUAAGCAGGUCUACGUCCUGCCCGAUGGCUAUGAGGUCAAGCAUAAGAGUUUGGAAGAUGUCAAGUUUGUCGUCGAUCCCAAGUACACCAAAGACCAUGUCACAAAACUCGACAAGGUGCGACUGCACGCAUGGGACCUUCAAGGCAAGAAGUACACGCCAGGCUAUGUCGGCAUGAACAACAUCAAAGCCAACGACUACUUCAACGUCGCCUGCCAUGCCCUCGCUCACGUCCCUCCGCUCCGCAACUAUUUCAUGCUCGAAGACUUGCACGACCGACCGCAGCUUGUCCAGCGCUUCGGCACUCUAUUGCGCAAAAUCUGGAACCCGCGCUCCUUCAAGGCACACGUCUCUCCUCACGAGCUAUUGCAGGAAAUCUCACAACGAUCCAACAAGAAAUUCUCCUUGACAGAACAAGCCGACCCAGCGGACUUCCUUUCCUGGUUCCUCAAUAACCUACACACAGGCCUAGGUGGAAGCCGCUCAAAACCUCGCAGCAGUAUUGUACAGAAAAUCUUUCAAGGCCAGUUGCGCGUCGAAUCGCAAUCUAUCACCGCUCGCGCCGAUGCGCAAGACCGUUUGCGCUUCGAAGAUGCCGCUAUUCAGAGCGUAGUAACGCCUUUCAUGAUGCUCACUCUGGAUCUCCCGGCCGCACCAUUGUUCCAGGACGACAGAAACGAGAACAGUAUCCCUCAAGUCAGUCUUACGAAUAUCUUGGGCAAAUACGACGGUAUUCGUGCUCAGGAACGCCUCAACACACGCCUCCGCUAUCGUCUCUUACAUCCACUACCGCCGUAUCUGCUCAUGCACGUCAAACGUUUCGCUCCCAACAAAUUCCUCCAAACACAACGCAAUCCGACCAUUGUCACCUUCUCUCCUCGCUCACUAGACAUGUCACCCUAUGUCGAGCCUAACCCGUCACUUCACUCGCCCUCAGAGCCCAUUAUAUACGACCUGGUAGCCAACAUAACUCAUGAAGGCGUCCGUGUGCGAGACGAUAGUGUCGAGGGAGAAGCCGAGAAGAAGGUCUGGCGUGUACAGCUGUUGGAUAGGGGCAGGGAAGAAGGCGGCAAUGCUGAUACCGAUCGCUGGGUCGAGAUGCAAGAUUUGUGGGUUGGAAGAGUGGAAGCUGAGCUGCUCAGUACAAAGGAAGCAUAUGUAAUGGUUUGGGAAAGGAGACGAGGCAAUGCCGCCCCCAAAAAGAAGUAA